AUGUUUUACUUUCGUGGGAUGCGGCAUGGUGUACGCUCAUAUUCUACUUUCAUCUUAAUAUUUACUACAAUCGCUUCAACUUCUCUUGCUUUGCAUUUAUAUCGUAAAAAUAGUUAUCGAAAAGAAUUAACUCAAAAUAUAUCAUCAGCAGCUGUUGUACAGCCAAAAAUAUUAGCUACGUCAAUCACAGCAACAGCAACAACAACAACAACAACAACAACAACAACAACAGAAAAAACGACGCAUACAGAUCCACCAAAACCCAUAGUCACAUCGGUGAUAGAUCAACAACCAGUAAUCAAUAUUGAAAAGAAUGUUUUUGCUAAAUAUUCAAGCGAUGAACAUCUACUUUCACUUCUUCAACAACAAUCAAAUACACUCAAACAAGUUAUUAUAACUAUAAUUGGUGGUGAUAGUUAUUCUUUAUUUGCUUGGGAUUGGUACGAACGAAUACAUGCAAUAUCAAAUAAUACUGAUAAAUGCCAUUGUUUUAUUGUUGCUAUGGAUGAAGUUUCUGUUGUUUUAGCAACACAACAGGGUAUACCGGUAUAUUAUUCAACAUUUACAUUUGAACAACAAAUCAAAUGGAUAAACACUAUUGAAACACGGCAACAUUCACUUUAUCGUGUUGGUCAUGCGAAAUUUCAGACAGCUGCUAAAAUUGUUGCAAUGGGUUACUCAGUAGUUCUCAGUGAAAUGGAUGUAUUUUGGAGAGCAAAUCCACUUGAACAUUUAAAAAAACCAAUUGACAUUUAUGAUUUACAAAUAAGUGAUCAUUUUGGUUCUCAUCCAAGAGUUAAUAUUGGUUUAUUUUUUGUUCGUUCGACCAAUUCUUCUAUAGAGUUCUUUUCUUAUGCUGCAACGUUUUGGUUGAAUUAUGGUAAAGGUGCUUAUUUAUCUGAUCAAAGAGUACUUGAUGCUUUACUUAAGAAUUAUGAUCGUCUUGAUAGAACUUAUUUAAAAGCAGUUAAACCAUUUCCAUCACUAAACUGGACAACUCAUGCAUUUGGAAAUCAUUUUUCACAUCUAAUGACUGAUGGUAAUGCUUUCAUAUUAUUUAAUCAAGCUGCAAAACUUGGAAUAAGAUCUAAAAAAUAUCAUGGCAGUGUAAACGGGAAAUUUUUUACAGUUACAGUACCAAAUACGAAUAUGGCUAUUAACUAUCGAAAUCUUCUUAUUCGUUCUUUACUUAUAUUACAGCAUACAUAUCUAAAAGAUCGAACAUUAAUUUUACCGGCUUUUACAUCUGAUUUAGAUGCUACUACGAUUUUUUCUCAAUUUGACGUAAAAAAAUUUCUUCUCUAUUGGUCUGAUGAACGUAUUCGUUUACCGAAUUUUCUUCUUCACGAGAAAACUCGUACUAUACCUGUUACGAAUAUUUCAUUUUCAUCAAAAGCCACCUACGAAGAUAUUAAUGGAAUAUUAAAUUUUUCUGUAGACUCAAUACCAAUUAAUUUACCAGCACCUUCAACGCAAUUCGAAGUGUUGAUUAGAGAUUCUCUCCUAUGGUGUUCACCACCAAUUGAUGGUGGUAAAGGAUGGUGUAUUCAUCAUCCAAGAGAUUUCGGUGCAACUAUGGAAUUAUUAUUUGCCUGUCGAGGUGAUCCAUAUCCACCAUGUGCAAAUAAAACAGAAAAAAAUGAACAAUUUCUUCAUAGACCGUUCGAAUAG